AUGCAUGUGUCACUGGCUGAGGCUCUGGAGGUUCGGGGGGGUCCAUUACAAGAGGAAGAAAUAUGGGCUAUUUUGAACCAAAGUGCAGAAAGCCUUCAGGAGUUAUUCAGAAAAGCAGAUCCUACCACUCUGGGGUUCAUCAUUUCUCCAUGGUCUCUGCUGCUACUCCCUUCUGGCAGCAUCUCCUUUACCGACGAAAAUGUUUCCCAGCAAGACCUGCGAGCGUUCACAGCACCGGAGGUUCUGCAGAACCAGUCGCUAUCGUCUCUCUCGGAUGUUGAAAAGAUCCAUAUUUAUUCCCUUGGUAUGACGCUUUUUUGGGGAGCUGACCAUGAAGUUCCUCAAAGCCAACCUAUCAAACUUGGAGAUCAUCUCAACAGCAUCCUCCUCGGCAUGUGCGAAGACGUCAUUUAUGCCCGCGUAUCCGUGCGGACCGUCUUGGAUGCUUGCAGUGCCCACAUAAGGAACAGUAACUGUGCUCCUUCUUUCUCAUACGUGAAACAGUUGGUCAGACUUGUUCUGGGAAGCCUCUCUGGGGUGGAUCAACUUUCUUGCAACGGAGAUAGAAAACUGCAGCCAGACAGGAGCCAGGCUAUUCGGGACAGGCUGAGGGGAAAAGGUCUCCCCACAGGAAAAAACCUGAGGGUCGAUGCAUCCGAUGGACACAAGCCUCAUUUCUCCCAACAGAUCACACUUAACAAAGGGCUUAGCAAAUCUAUGGGAUUUCUGUCCAUUAGAGGAACGCAACGCGAGGAGGAGUUUUUCCAAGGUAUUUCCACAGAUUACAAGGCGGGACAGGAAGAUACUUUCUGUCCUCAUCGAUGUAAAACCAGUGAUUUUGAAAAAAAAGGUCACCUUCAUACAGAUGCUACUCCCAAGCGGAAAAUCUGGGCUUCCUCCACAGACUUGCUUUGCACAAGUGACAAGGCAGCUGAGAGAGACCAUGCUGGAGACUCCCACAGGCACAGUCAUCAGUGUGAGACAUUUAUGGUACGGACUUCUGCUCCUACCAGAAACAAGGAAGCAAGGUAUUCUGAUGGGAGCAUAGCAAUGGAUGUCUUUGGACCUCAAAAACUAGACCAAACACGUCAUGGGCCUGAGACAUCAACUUCUGCAGCAAUAUCCAGUGCCUUUGACAGGAUAAGAGAGAGACAGAAGAAGUUGCAACUUCUGCGGGAAGCCAUGAAUGUAGAAGAGCCUUUGAGACGAUACAAAUCUUACCACAGUGAUGUCUAUAGCACCUCGAGUGAAAGUCCGUCUAUUAUUUCUUCAGAACCAGAUUUCAGACAAGUGAGAAGAAAUGAAGGUUUCAAGAGAGAUGAUGCCAGUGGUGCUUUACCAGGCGCUGAUGAUAUCUCCACAUCGAGUCAAGCUAAUUCUCAGCGGGCAAGGCAGCAGGAGGCACCAUUUGAAGGCAAUCUAAUAAGCCAAGAAGUGAUGCUAAAGCGUCAGGAAGAAGAAAUGCUGCAACUGCAAGCCAGAAUGGCUCUCAGGCAGUCCCGACCUAACCUCUACCCGGGAGAUGCAAUCAGGUCCUCAAUACUUGACAUCACCAGAGAUCCGCUGAGAGAAAUUGCCCUGGAAACGGCCAUGACCCAAAGAAAACUGAGGAAUUUCUUUGGCCCGGAGUUUGUGAAAAUGACUAUUGAGCCAUUCAUCUCCUUGGAUCUACCAAAGUCUAUCUUGACAAAGAAAGGGAAGAACGAUGAUACCAGACGAAAAGUUAAUGUCAUGCUUCUCAGCGGGCAGAAACUGGAGCUGACCUGUGACACCAAAACGAUAUGUAAAGACGUCUUCGAUAUGGUCGUUGCCCAUAUUGGCUUGGUGGAGCACCACUUGUUUGGAUUGGCUACAUUAAGAGACCAUGAAUUUUUCUUCGUUGAUCCUGACAUAAAGCUAAGUAAAGUAGCUCCAGAAGGAUGGAAAGAGGAAUCAAAGAAAAAGAACAAGCCCCCUGUCAACUUCGUUCUCUUCUUUCGCAUCAAGUUUUUUGUGGAUGAUGUCAGUCUUAUACAGCAUACUUUGACCUGUCACCAGUAUUAUCUGCAGUUGCGGAAGGACAUUCUGGAAGACAGGAUGCACUGUGAUGAUGAGACAGCCUUAUUAUUAGCAUCCCUAGCCCUCCAAGCUGAGUAUGGAGAUUACCAGGCAGAGGUACACGGCAUGUCCUAUUUCAGACUAGAGCACUACCUCCCAGCAAGGGUGAUGGAGAAACUGGAUCUGUCCUACGUCAAAGAAGAGCUGCCCAAAUUGCAUAGCACUUAUGUGGGUGCUUCUGAAAAGGAGACAGAGUUAGAAUUUUUGAAGAUGUGUCAGAGGCUCACAGAAUACGGUGUUCAUCUUCAUCAUGUGCUGCCUGAGAAGAAAUCCCAAACUGGCAUCCUGCUGGGCGUAUGUUCCAAAGGAGUUGUUGUUUUUGAAGUGCACAAUGGGGUCCGCUCACCUGUACUACGUUUUCCAUGGAGAGAGACGAAGAAAAUAUCUUUUAGUAAGAAGAAAAUUACUUUGCAGAACACGUCAGAUGGUAUCAAGCACUCAUUUCAGACUGACACUAGUAAGACUUGCCAAUACCUUCUGCAUCUCUGCUCUUCCCAGCAUAAGUUCCAGCUACAGAUGAGAACCAGGCAGAGCAACCAAGACACUCAGGACAUUGAAAGAGCUUCGUUUAGGAGCCUCAACCUUCAGGCUGAGUCUGUCAAAAGUUUUAACAUGGGCCGAGCGAUCAGCACGGGUAGCCUGGCGAGCAGCACCCUGAACCGGCUGGCCGUGCGGCCUCUCUCCGUGCAAGCAGAGAUUCUGAAGAGGCUCUCCUGCUCCGAGCUCUCCCUCUUCCAACCGCUUCCCGGCUCGUCGAAGGAGAAGAACGAGAAGAGCUCAUGGGAGGAAAGGCCCAGGGUCAUGAGCAAGUCGUUUCAUGAUCUCACUCAGAGCCACAUCUCCGUUCAUCCUCCACGGAAAAAUAUGAUCACCGCUUUGGACUCCUCCUCCCAAAAAAUAGAGGACAUAAUGGGAAGAGUCUUUCAGCAAAUGCCAAAAUUUGACACUGGAUCAGCAGCAGGAGCAUUAAAAUUGAACAAUUCAAAAUCUCAUGCAGGUUUAAGUAGAAGCCCUGAAAAAAAGAAAAAUGAAUCAGACUCAUCAUCCCUUGAAGACACCGGUCAAGCCUAUGUUGUAGUUGACAUGCUGCAAGCGGUGCAGAGCAGAGUUUCGACGCCAGAAAGAGAAAUCACUUUGGUGAACUUGAAAAAGGAUGAAAAAAUGGGUUUAGGCUUUCACAUAAUUGGUGGAGAGAAGACAGGGAAACUUGAUCUGGGAAUAUUUAUUCAUUCAAUUAUUCCUGGAGGGCCAGCUGAUUUGGAAGGAUCUCUCAAACCAGGCCACCGACUAAUAUCCGUGAAUAGCACGAGUUUGGAGGGUGUGAGCCACCAUGCAGCAUUAGAAAUUUUAGAGAACGCACCUGAAGAAGUGACGCUUGUUAUCUCUCAGCCCAAGGACAAGCUUCCCAAAGCAUCGUCUAACCCCGCGCACCUCCCCAAUGGAACCAGAGGUUACUCAAGGCGGCCAUCGUCGGUGCAGGACAACGAGGCAGAGUCCUCUUCAGAAGAGCCCGGCCACCCACGAGGUCACCAGAGGCCCCUCUCGGGGAGCUUGUCCGGCUUGUCAGGCAAGCGGGACGGAAGCCUGAGCUCCCAGGACUCAAGGACUGAGAGUGCCAGCCUGUCUCAGAGCCAGGCAGCGGGCUGCUUUGGCAAGCGCGCGAGCGGUAGAGGCCAGCAGGACGCUCAGCUCUACAGCGAUCCCCUGCCCGGGCUCGCCAGAGCCAACGAGAAGAGAAGAUCCUCGUCUGACAGUACCCGCGCCAAAACGAAAAGGCCUGGGGCGGUAGAGUCUGUGGAAUAUUCUGACCGGGGGGAUUCUGACAUGGAUGAAGCAACGUAUUCCAGCAGUCAGGAGCAACAGGCAGCUAAAAAGGAAUCUUCUCCAGGGAAUACAGCGAAGAAAACAAAUUCUAAAAAGAUUGCUGCAACGCUUCUUAAACCUGGAGAUAUCUUUGAGGUUGAACUAGCCAAAAAAGAUAACGGCUUGGGAAUAAGUGUCACGGGUGGUGUAAAUACUAGUAUACGGCAUGGAGGCAUUUAUGUGAAAGCAAUCAUUCCCAAGGGAGCAGCUGAAGCGGAUGGCAGAAUAGAAAAAGGUGACCGUGUGCUCUCAGUCAAUGGGAUUAGUUUGGAAGGCGCUACCCAUAAGCAAGCGGUGGAAACACUGAGAAACACUGGGCAGGUGGUACAUCUGCUGCUGGAAAAGGGGCAGCUCUCAGCAGCCAAAGUCCACGCUCCAGUAACGCCGCAGUGCACGCCGCCGCAUGAGCUGGGGCAGUGCGAGCCCCACGAGAAACCAGCAGCCAAAGCUGCAAGUGCCAAAGACUACAGCUUCGUCACUGCAGAGAACACAUUUGAGGUCAAGUUGCUGAAGAACAGCUCAGGCCUCGGGUUCAGUUUCUGCCGUGAAGACAACCUCACCCCCGAACAACUGGGCUCGACAAUUGUGAGGGUGAAAAAGCUCUUCCCAGGACAGCCUGCUGCGGAAAGCGGGCAAAUAGAAAUUGGGGAUGUCAUUUUGAAAGUGAACGGGGCAUCGCUAAAGGGUUUAUCCCAGCAGGAGGUCAUCUCCGCUCUGAGAGGAACAUCUCCAGAAGUUUCGCUUCUCCUUUGUCGGCCCCCACCUGGGAUACUACCAGACAUUGAUCCCUCUUUGUUGACACCCAUCCAUUCACCCCAGCAAGUAUUUCCAGAUGUCAGCAAAGAAGUUACUGGUCCAUCAAAUGGAGAACAAGGCGACAGCUCAGAUGAAAAUGAAACUACUGAUCCGAGCAAGAAAAUGCUAAAAUCUCCUUCUAGGAGAGACAGCUACAGUGACAGCAGUGGGAGCGGUGAAGAGGAGGUGGUAGAUUCCUCAGCACAGAUGGGCCCUGGCUGGAGUCGGAGUCCUGCCCUCUGCCAAAGCUCUGAUGAAGCUGUGACACAAGCACCCGGCCCGUACGAGACGCGCGGCGGCCACGAAGAGGCCGUUCGUACCAUUCUGUAUUCUGCUCGUGAGACUCCUAGCAAAUUGGAGUCUGAGGACAGCAAUCUGCCACUGGAGUUGCCAUUGAUCCCAACCUGUAGAACUGUUCCUGAUGUAACCACAUCGAUUUUAAUAAAUGACUCAUAUGUGAGUCCUGUUCCUGAGCUGACUCCACACCUGGGAGGAAUGACCUUGUUGAGUCAGCUGGAAAAAAGUACUGAAGAAUAUGAACCGGAAGUCGAGCUCCAAGUUACCAUGACCAAGUCAGAAAAGGGCAGUCUGGGCUUCACAGUGACCAAAGGAAAUGAUAACAUUGGCUGCUACAUUCAUGAUAUUGUUCAGGAUCCUGCCAAAAGUGAUGGGAGACUGCGACCAGGAGACCGCCUUAUAAAAGUUAAUGACAUGGAUGUCACUAACAUGAGUCACACAGAUGCAGUGAAUUUCCUCCGAGCCGCCCCAAAGACUGUCAGACUAGUGCUGGGACGUGUUUUGGAGCUGCCCAAGAUGCCAGUGCUGCCUCACUUACUGCCUGAUAUUACGCUGACAUGCCAUAAGGAGGAGCUGGGUCUGUCUUUAUCAGGAGGGCAUGAUAGCCUUUACCAAGUUGUGUAUAUUAGUGACAUUCUCCCCAAAUCAGUUGCUGCCAGAGAUGAGAGUCUCCAUGCAUUAGAUAUUAUCCAUUAUAUUAAUGGAGUAAGCACACAGGGGAUGACUCUGAAAGAAGCCAAAAGGAUGUUGGAAACCUCUUUUCCUAAAGUGGUGCUCAAAGUGACCAGAGAUGGUCACCCUGUGCUUCCAAAAUCCAAAAGUCCUGAUAGCUCAAAUUCAUGGUCACCGAAAGCUAACGGCUGCUCCCGUGGCGAUCACUGUGGUAAAACAGAAACAGCAACUGAUGCUUAUGGGCCCAAGGUAAAUGGCAAUGGCAUCCUUGAAGUGUCUCCUGCAAAUACGGAAACUAAUAUUCAUCAAACAAAAGGAUUAAUGAAUCUCACAGGGUGUAGAGAUGUCCCUUCCCUUGGCUUUACCAAUCAGAUAUCAGAUUUGCCUAAGCACAGUGACAAGUCAGGGACAGAGAUUCCAGAUGAUGAGUAUUAUGAUGAGGAUGACCACAAUGAAGUCGUUCAGUAUCUGCUGGAUGUUGUAGAUGAGGAAGCCCAGAACCUUUUAAAUCGCAAUAAUGCCACAUCAGAGGCCCAGACCCUCCUGCAUCUCAGGAACGCUGCAUCAGAUGAUCAUCUGCCAGAGAUGAAUGGGAAGCUGAUGGAGGACAAGUAUGAAGACACAGACUGUGAUGGAUCAUCUUUACCUGAAGACUUUUCAGAGCCAACACACAUAAAUGGUUGUGAAGAACAUUGUGAAGUACAAUGUGAAGUACAAGCUACCCCAGAGAGGUCACCUCCACAAGCUCCUUUGAGCCAAGCAGAUGAAGAUGAAAUCACAUGGGGAAGUGAUGAACUGCCAAUUGAAUCCAUAAACCCAGAACAUAUACAUAAAGAUUGCCCUUUAGUGACAAAUGAAGACAUCUCUGCACUCCCUACUGUGAAAGUGGUUCCUGGAGGCAAGUAUACAGGGGCCAGGUUAAAGUCGGUCAUCAGGAUGUUGCGGGGAUUGCUGGAACAAGGUGUCCCUUCCAAAGAGAUUGAAAAUCUUCAAGAGUUAAAACCUUUGGAUCAGUGUUUGAUCGGGCAAGCAAAAGAGAAUAGGAGAAAAAACAGAUAUAAAAACAUACUUCCAUAUGAUACCACUAGGGUACCUCUCGGCAUCGAUGGGGGAUACAUCAAUGCCAGCUUCGUUCGCAUGCCGGUAGGGACCGAAGAGUUUGUUUACAUUGCGUGUCAAGGACCCCUGCCUACGACUGUAGCAGACUUCUGGCAAAUGGUUUGGGAGCAAAACUGUACUGUGAUUGCCAUGAUGACUCAAGAGGUUGAAGGGGAAAAGAUCAAAUGCCAGCGCUAUUGGCCAGAUGUGCUCAAUAAAACUAUCAUGAUAAACGAUAGACUCCGUCUUGCACUUGUAAGACUCCAGCAGCUGAAGGGCUUUGUGGUCAGAGUGCUGGAGCUCGAGGACAUCCAAGUAAGGCAGGUACGGCACAUCUCGCACCUCAACUUCGUCGCCUGGCCUGACCACGACACCCCUUCGCAACCGGACGAGCUGCUCACGUUCAUCUCCUACAUGCGGCACGUUCACCGAGCGGGACCCAUCGUGACGCACUGCAGCGCGGGCAUCGGGCGGUCGGGGACCCUCAUCUGCAUAGACGUUGUCCUAGGGCUCAUCAGCAGAGAUCUUGAUUUUGACAUCUCAGACCUCGUGCGCACCAUGCGUCUGCAGCGACACGGGAUGGUUCAGACAGAGGAUCAGUACAUUUUCUGCUAUCAAGUUGUCCUGUAUGUCCUGAAUCACCUCCAAGCUGAAGAACAACAGAGAGGGAAAUAAAAUACUGAUCCUGAGUGCUUUUAAAAUAAGGAAAUGAGGAAAUCGAGAGGCUCUUGCAUGUUGUGAUUGUUCUGCCAAAUACUGUUCCAGUCGUUAUCUUCAGUUGCUGUCAAGUGUCUUUGCUAUACAGUCUAUCCAUCGUUCCAGUGAAGGUAUAUAGUAU